AUGUUGCAUUUGACUCGUUUGUCGUCGGCCCGUUUGGGGUCGAAAUUGGCCACUGGCAGCACUACCAGAGCGUUUUCACGCUCUGCUAGAUUGCUGCAACAGCAGCAACCUUCUGCUGGCCGCUCCAAGCCCUCGUUGCUCAAAACCAUCGGCAAAUACAGCCUGUACUCGGUGCUGGGCUCGGUGUUGGCCGGAACCGGCUACGUCUCCUACAAAUUGUACAAGGAGAAGAAUCCAUCGCCCCAGAAACCGCAGAGCGCGACUUUCGAAAACGGAUCGCCAAGAAAGACCCUGGUCAUCUUGGGAUCCGGCUGGGGUUCCAUCUCGCUGCUAAAAAACCUCGACACCACUCUCUACAACGUCGUGGUCGUUUCCCCCAGAAACUACUUUUUGUUCACCCCAUUGUUGCCCUCCACGCCUGUCGGAACUAUCGAAUUGAAGUCCAUUGUUGAACCUGUUAGAAGCAUUGCCAGAAGAGCUCCCGGUGAGGUCACUUACUACGAGGCCGAGGCCCUAGACGUCGACCCCACCAAAAAGACCGUCAGAAUCAAGUCUCUAAGCUCCGCCGAGGAACGUGCUGAGCUCAACUUGAACUACGAUUACUUGGUUGUCGGUGUGGGUGCCCAACCUACCACCUUUGGUAUCCCCGGUGUUUUCGAAAACGCUUCUUUCCUAAAGGAAAUCCCAGACGCGCAGGAAAUUAGAGUCAAGGUCAUGAACAACAUCGAAAAGGCCGCCACUCUGGCUCCUUCAGACCCAGAAAGAAAGAGAUUGCUAAACUUUGUCGUCGUUGGCGGUGGUCCAACCGGUGUCGAAUUCGCUGCCGAACUACAGGACUACAUCGACCAGGAUUUGUCUAAAUGGAUGCCCGCUUUGUCCAAGGAGCUAAAGGUUACUUUGGUCGAAGCUCUGCCCAACAUUUUGAACAUGUUCGACAAGUCUCUUAUCCAGUACGCCAUGGACUUGUUCAAACAGGAGAAAAUUGACUUGAAAACCAACACCAUGGUCAAGAACGUGACUCCCACCACCAUCACUGCUAAGUGUGGAGACGUUACUGAGGACAUCCCUUACGGUGUCCUUGUGUGGGCCACCGGUAACGCUCCAAGAGAAGUGUCCAAGAAUUUGAUGAGCAAAAUGGAAAAGCAAGACUCCAGACGUGGGUUGUUGAUCAACGACAAAUUGCAACUGUUGGGUGCCGAAGACUCCAUCUGGGCCAUCGGUGACUGCACUUUCUACCCCGGCUUGUUCCCAACUGCUCAGGUUGCCCACCAAGAGGGUGACUACUUGGCCUCUGUCUUGAAGAAACAAUACAAGGUCGACCAGCACAAGUGGCAGUUGUCCCAAAACCCUGCUGAAGCCACCAAGCACCAGGCUAAGGUUGACAGAUUGCAGUCCCACAUCGAACCUUUCAAGUACAGUCACCAGGGUGCGCUGGCCUACAUUGGUUCCGAGCAGGCCAUCGCCGACCUUGCCAUCGGUGAAUCCAUGUACCAGUCUGCGGGCUCUUUCACUUUCUUGUUCUGGAAGUCUGCCUACUUGAACAUGUGUUUGUCGUUCAGAAACAGAGUGCUUGUUGCUUUUGACUGGUGCAAGGUCUCGUUUUUCGGAAGAGACUCUUCCGUUUAA